AUGGUCACUGUUGAACAGUUGUACAAAGAUUUUGGAAUUCUACAGGACGCUACAAAUAAGUCCGAUCAUGAAGAACAAUAUCUGUCUAUUUUGAGUGCUGUAAAAGGAGGUGCCAGUGAGAAACGGCUGGCAUCACAGUUUAUUGCUCGUUUCUUUAAACAUUUCCCAGAAUUGGCCCAACAGUCAUUUAAUGCUUUGUUUGAACUUUGUGAGGAUGACGACAUUAAUAUUCGCAAACAGGCCAUCAAAGAUCUCCCUAGUUUGUGCCGUGUGACCCCAGAGUUUAUUCCCAAAAUUGUAGAAGCCAUGAUUCAAUUGAUGCAACAUUUUGAUGACAAUUCUGAACUCAGUUUAAUUCAAUCAUCUCUUACUACUUUGUUCAGCAUAAAUUGUCAAGGAACAUUAAAAGGUCUGUUUUGCAUGAUUCUUGGCGAGAAUGAUAGUUUACGAGAUCUAGCUCUGAAGUUCCUAACUAAUAAAGUCAAAGUCUUGCCAGAUGACACACUUGGCAAAGAAGAUGAAGAUUUAAUUGUUACAGAAUGCAGGAAGGUUCUGCAAGAUGUUACCUGCAUGGAGUUUAUAGCUAUUAUGAACUUGCUAAAAGGUCUAAAGUCAAUGAGCACUGUUAUGGGUCGACAGCAGCUGGUGGACAUUAUUAUUAUGCAAGCAGAACUAGAACACAAGUUUAAGCCGGAUGACCCUGACUGUGUUGAUCGAUUAAUGCAAUGUAUUAAACAGAGUUUACCCUUAUUUUCUAAAAAUGUCCAUUCCAAAACAUUUGUUGGUUAUAUGUGUGAUCAAGUGAUCCCUGUAAUGUCUGAGUUAGCUUGUGUUGAUGAAGGCACCAAUGUGCAAUUGGAAAUGCUUAAACUGUUUGCGGAGAUUUCUGAAUUUGCUGGAGAAUUAGAAGACAUUGAAGAAAGAGUAGAACGGGUUUAUGAAAAGCUCAUUGAAUAUAUGCCGCUACCUCCUUCAGAUGAAAAUGAUGAUAUAAGUGGUGAGUCAACGUCAGAAGAACACAAAUUACAGUUUUCAUAUGUUGAAUGUCUUAUGUACACAUUCCAUCAAUUGGGACGCAAAUAUCCGAAUUUCCUCUCUGAUGAAAGCAAUGCUGACAGAUUGAAAGACUUCAGACUUAGGUUACAAUACUUCGCGCGAGGGGUGCAGGUAUACAUUAAACAGUUACGAACUGCAUUACAAGGCAAAACAGGAGAAACAUUAAAAACAGAUGAAAACAAAAUUAAAGUAAUGGCAUUGAAGAUUACAUCUAACAUAAAUAUAUUGAUCAAAGAUUUGUUUCACAAUCCUCCUGCUUACAAAUCGGUUGUUACGUUAUCAUGGAAACCAAUUCAUACAAAGUCCAAUCCUGCAAGUAUAGGUGUAAAACGCAAUAGCAGUGACGGUUCUGAAUAUGGUACUAAUCGUAAAUCACCCAAACAGGACAGAGCCUUGUACGCACCCCCUGGUGGUAAAUAUAGCCAAAAGGCUGGAACCUUUCCUCAAGCAAAUCGUGGUGGAUGGCAGCAACAGAGAGGUGGUUUUGGUGGCUUUGCCCGUGGCAACCGAGGACGAGGAGGAAACAGUGGCAUUGGGUUGAGUAAUAUGAACAUUGUGGGAGGCAGCAAUAAUGCUGGAAGUGGGCAAAGAGGUGGCAGCACUGGUUUCAGGGGUCGGAGGUUUUGA